CCUCUUACACCAAGAAUAUCAUGAUAUUAAAGACAUUUACAUAAUUAAGAUUAAGUAUAUAGAGUAAAGAACUUGUUUUUAGUUACAUUUUGGAUAUCAUAGUAAAUAAUUAUAAGGAUAGAUAUUCUUAAUUUUAGAAAAAUUAUAUCUAAUUCAUUGAUUUUUGAAACAAUAUUCUUAAUUUUGAACAAAAUUGGCUCUAGCAAAAAUAAUAUAAUAUGAUAUAGAUAUUGGAAAAGAGAAAAAAAAAAAUGGUAUUUGGCAAAUAAAUUUUUCACAUAGGCAAUUGCAAAUUUGCAAGGGAAUCAUCCCCUUUUCUAAACCAAAUUAUGUUGUCUGCAGAACCAGGUUUCCAAUCUACCACAAAAACCAGCCAACAACUUUGAUGACCCAAGUCUUUAUCAUUCCAUCCAACAGGGCAACACUUCUCUCUUUCUCUCUACAUGGCUUGUCUGGUUGAGUCCUCCACAGUUGAAACCAGUGAUGGCAUCAAGCUCCAUACAAGGGUCUUCAAACCAAGGGAGGAGAUCAAGGACAACUUGGUGGUUGUUCUGGUGCAUCCUUACUCAGUCUUGGGUGGUUGUCAGGCCCUUUUGAAGGGGAUUGCUCUUGGGUUAGCAGAAAAAGGCUACAGAGCUGUGACCUUUGACAUGAGAGGCGCCGGAAGAUCCACAGGAAGGCCUUCUCUUACUGGGUUUUCAGAAAUCAAGGAUGUGGUUGCUGUCUGCAAAUGGGUCUGUGACAAUCUUUCUUCUGAUAGGAUUUUGUUGGUGGGUUCUUCUGCAGGAGCACCUAUUGCAGGAUCCGCGGUAAAUCAGAUUGAACAAGUGGUGGGCUAUGUGAGUCUGGGGUACCCAUUCGGCUUGAUGGCCUCGAUCCUCUUUGGCCGCCACCACAAAGCCAUCCUGCAGUUCCCGAAACCUAAACUCUUUGUCAUGGGGACUCAGGAUGGGUUCACCAGCGUUAAGCAGCUGAGGAACAAGCUGAGCUCUGCAGCAGGCCAUAUUGAGACCCACCUUAUCGAAGGAGCAGGCCACUUCCAAAUGGAAGGGCCAGCUUAUGAUGCCCAGAUGGCAGAUAAGAUCACAGAAUUCAUCCCCAAACUGUAGGAACUUCUGUUAGCUCGCGGCUACUCAUUGCUCCAUUCUUUGUAUGUAGAUGCUGUCUUUUCAUUCUUCUGGUUCCUUCAUUUGCAGCAAACUGGACCGAUUCAUUCCUUCCAUCACCUUUGCCCUAGUACCUGUAAAAUGUAAAGCUGUCACAAUGUAACCGGCUUUAACCAGAUACCAAAUGGUUACUGCCAUAUUAUAUAAACCCUAGAACAUGAUGCAUCGAGUAGAAAGGCAACCACGGAAAAACUAGAAAGACUGGCAAACAUAUUGAGAACAAUCUUUACAUGAUCAGAAGCUACAACUGUUUGGAAUAAUCCUUUACAUAAAUACAAUCCCAGAAUUCCCAAAGUUAAA